AUGGCAAUGAGCGAGGUGAUGACGGGCACAACCAUUAUUGCAAUCAAGUAUGCAGAUGGGAUACUUGUUGGUGCGGACUGUAGAGUAUCUGCGGGCAACUACAUUGUAAAUAGAGUGAUUAGCAAGCUUGCGCCGCUUUCAGACAAUAUCAUUGUGUGUAUGUCUGGAAGUGCAGCAGAUGCAGGGAUAGUGAGGGACUAUGUGAAGACGUCGCUGGACAUGUACACACGGCUUGAAGGCGGUGUUCCGAUGGUGAGGAAGGCGGCAACGCUUGCCAGCAAGAUAAUUUACGAGAAUCCUGAUCUUGUAGCAGGACUUAUUGUAGCAGGGUAUGAUGAGCGCGCAAGGAUCUUCAGCAUUUCGCUCGGAGGCACGGUGGUUGAGCAAGAAUGGGCGAUUUCAGGAUCUGGAUCUGCCUACAUAUAUGGAUACUGUGACAUGAACUGGAGGGCCGGAAUGAGUCUUUGGGAGGGAAUAACAUUUAUAAAGAAGGCUGUUUUGUGUGCAAUAAAUAGAGACAAUGCGUCUGGAGGAUGCAUAAGGAUCUCGUCGAUUACUCAGAUGGGAGUGCAGAAGUAUGUCUAUAAUGGAAACAAUGUGCUGCAAUAA